UCAAAUUCCUCUCCACGACACCACUCUCUAACAGCAGUCCUACUCCUCCCAGACUUUUCCCUCUGUAAGCUGUCUCCGGCAGCCUAGACUCCGAUCAAGAUCAUCCAUAUUUUCCCCUCUCAAACAUGGCUCGGACACUUCUUGUCUGCAUAGCGAUCGUCCUCUUCGUCGCACCAACCGUUUUCGCCCGCCUGCAUCCCGAAGGCGUCGGCCACCAUAAGAGCGGCGGACACCACAAGAGCGGCGGGCACCACAAGAAGCGCGGAGGGAGCGCAUCUGGAUCAACCAGCAGCACGGCCGUGACGCCACCGAGCGUCACGCCACCGAGCGACACGCCACCGAGCGUCACGCCACCGAGCGUCACGCCACCGAGCGACUCGCCAAAGACCGUCACGCCCAAACCAGGCUGCGGCCCGUCGAAUCUAGGAUACAAGGCGUCGGUCGAUCUCGCAGACGGGCUCAUUUUCCACUGGACCGUCUCCGGCUCAAACCUCGACGCGGCUAUUGAGGCGCAACCCAGCAGCGGCGCAGACCAGGGCUACCUUUCCGUCGGCUUCCCCUCGAAGGACGGGGCGAUGGCCCCUUCGGACGCAGUGGUCGGCAUUAACGGGCAACCCGUUACUGCGUACGAGCUGUCCUCGUACAGCGCGUUCUCACCCAGCAAGCUCGCUAUCUCGUCGCCCAUUGUUGAUAACAGCUCCGGGAGCCUUGUUGUGAAAUUCUCUCGGCCGGCUGAGGGGGGCGUGAAGUCCCUCGACCUGCAAGGCUCGAACGGCAUCAUCUGGGCGUUCAGCCCUACACCGUCAUUCGGGCCUCACACUGGCCAGUGAAGGCUCCAAGUCCGUGGAUAUGUCAUGCGGCUUAUGAGAAUGGUCAGUAGUCCACAAGAUUGAAUGUAGGUGCCUGCCUCGUGUUACCGUGUAACCAUUUGAGGCGUAGGUGGCGCAUGUAUUCUGUGGGGUAGGUGUUUAGGAUGACGAUGGGUAGUUCCCAUCCAGAGUCAUCCCAUGGAUCCUCGUAGUUAUGAGUGGGUUUGAGGAGGAGAUUUAUGCUCGUUGUAUAUUGGGUGAUUACAUGGACAUCAACCACAUUACUC